AAGUUUCGCUGGGUUGGAAAGAAAAUUGUUUUCAGCUUGAAAGAUGUAAACUUUCAGAACAACUGAAAAUUAUGACAAUUUUGACCGCCGUCGUGUUUGGGAGUCUCAAACGAUGUGCCAAUACUACCAGACCUCUAAAGCACACUAGCUUCAGUUUGUUUUUGCCACGGUCAAUUAUUUCACGAAGGGGCUUUUUCACUCUUUCUCGAUUGUGCAGACCUUCGUUACGUGGUGUUAUUUUGGGAAUUUAUAGAUGUUCGAGCUCAAAUGAAACCGAGAAGCUGAAACCGAGGGAAUCUCGGACGCAAAGAUGGCAAGAUUCUGAGUCUAAAAAGAAAGAAAACAGAAAUUACGCACUCUAUUUCACCUCUGGGUUUUUUCUUUUCAUCGGUGUUGCUUAUGCCUCUGCGCCACUUUACAAGGCCUUCUGUCAAGCUACUAACUUGGGUGGGGAGUUGAACAUCCACUUGAGGGACGAGAAGGCGGAGAAGUUGGCCUACAUUGACCCCGUGAAGGAGUACGGGGAGAUCACAGUGCGCUUCCACUCUGCCAAAGAUGCGAGGAUGCUGUGGGACUUCAGACCUCAACAGGAGACGGUCAGGGUCUACCCGGGUGAAACGGCGCUUGCCUUUUUCACGGCAACGAACCCCACCGAACGGGCCAUAGUUGGAGUGUCCACCUAUAACAUCAUACCCUACGAAGCAGCACCCUACUUCAACAAGAUCCAGUGCUUCUGCUUCGACGACCAGAGACUGGAACCCCACGAAUCAGUAGACAUGCCAGUGUUCUUCUACAUAGAUCCAGAUAUUGUCACUGACUACAGGUGCAGAAACGUUAAGGAGAUCGCCCUAGGGUAUACUUUCUUUGAAUCAAAGGGGGGCUUGGAGGUCCCGCCGGCGAACAGUCCGACAGUUGCAAAGAACUUUGAAAAACAAUAUUGAUGCCAUAUGAAUCGAGGUUAAAAUAUAUUAGAUGUGUUAGAUGGCAAAAUGAGAUCGAAUUAAAAUUCUGAUUGUA